CUCGGCUUCCCGGUGCUCGCUAGCCGACUUCAUCUUAGAGACGCCGGCGAAAACUUCCGCUUCCGUCGGUCCCUGGCGCUUCGCUGGCACAGACGCAGUGCUGAGCACACAGCCGCGAACAAAGGGUGACGUUUAGAGCCGGAGUCAUGGCGGCGACCGAACCGGUCUUGGCCCCUGGGAGCCCCGCGCCAGAACAAGAGAAAGAGGAAGGAGCCGGCCCGAGCUCAGGCCCGGAGCGUAACUCCGCGGGUUCCAUGUCGACUCCUGAAGCGCCACGGCCUGACCCCGCACACUCCAACCAAAACGCCGCCGUCCCCGAAGCGGUUCUUCCGCCUCCCGCGGCGGCCUCCCCGGCCGUGGAGCUGCCCCUCCGUCCCGCACCCAUGGGCUCCGCGCCGCUUGCCGAAGCCUCUCCGCGCUCCCCCUCAGGCCUUGGCGGCUCCCAGCCCGGUCCAGAGACGUUCCGCCAGCGUUUCCGCCAGUUCCGCUACCACGACGCUGCGGGCCCGCGGGAGGCGUUCCGGCAGCUGCGGGAGCUCUCCCGCCAGUGGCUGCGGCCCGACAUCCGCACGAAGGAGCAGAUCGUGGAGAUGCUGGUGCAGGAGCAGCUGCUCGCCAUCCUGCCGGAGGCGGCGCGAGCCCGACGGCUUCGCCGCCGCACCGAUGUGCGCAUCACCGGCUGAGCGGCGGAGCUGCGGGCGGCCUGGUCCGGAGGCGCUCUGGACUGGAGCCAUGGUCGAGUCUGGGAGCCUGAGCCUGCUCCCCACUCCGCGUUAGUGAAAAACGAGUUUGUGUAGCCUCCUGUCGUCUGGUGUGUCCCUUUCGUUCGUUCUUUACUGGGUCUGUUUUCCCGAGCGUGUUUUCAAUUUCCUGGCUAAACUGAGUUGGGAGCUAUAAGAAUAAAAUCUGUUACCUAAUCA